CUCUUGUCAAACCCUCGCCCACUGCGUCGUCUGACAUGGCAUCUGCUGGGUUCCGCUUUCCGCAUGUGAAAAAAUAAAUAAAGAUCCAUUACCGGAUGCGUUUAGUUUUGGUUUUAACUCAACUUGCUGUCAACCCGGAAAGAGGCUGCGCUCGAGGCACGGGGCUCGGCUUUCGGCGCGGAACUUUCAUCUGUUUUGGCGGAUAAAUGAACGCAUGUUGUCCGUGUAUUGUGUCCUGAGAGAGCGCUGAAUAACACACACACAUCAGAACGUGGAUGAGUCACCAGACUUUGGGACUUUGGAAGUGAAAUCUGGGACAUGCCUUACCUGGACAGACAAAAUCGGACCUGUGGAUUCCUGGAUAUUGAGGAAAAUGAGAACAGUGAUAAGUUUUAUCGGCGUUAUUUUAUCUUGGAUACUCAUGAGAAUUUUCUCCUCUGGUAUAUGGACAAUCCACAGAACUUACCUCCGGGAACAAAGUUUGUUGGAAAUUUACGACUCAGUUACAUUUCAAAGGUUAAUGAAGUAUCAGUAAAGCAGAAACCAAAAGCAGAAUUCUGCUUUGUAAUAAAUGCAUUGUCCAGACGGUACUUUCUGCAGGCCAAUGAUGCUAUGGAUUUGAAGGAAUGGGUCAUUGCUCUGAAUAAUGCCACCAAAAUUACAGUUCCAAAAGCAUCACCAGUGACCCAAAGCUCUGAUGCCACAAAUGUUUCAAACCCAACUCAGUCAACAUCUCGACAGGCGUAUAAAACAGCAAUUGUGGGAGGUGUGGUUGUGCACACACCAGUCCAGCAGAGCGAUAAUGAGGAUGUCUUCACGAGUGAACUAGGAUCACACGUCACUUUAAGGAGAUGUCAGAGUGUGCGUCCAAAUGUCUCGAGGUCUGGCUAUUGUGUCAAGCAAGGCAAUGUGAGGAAAAGCUGGAAGAGGAGGUAUUUUAUUCUAGAUGACCAAACUGUGAGCUACUAUAAAUCUGAAACGGAUAAGGAGCCAUUACGCAGUAUUCGACUGCAGGAUGUGCUGAAAGUUAAUGAGUGUCUUGUGAAAUCAGGAGAUCUGCUGUCUCGUGAUAACCUUUUUGAAAUCAUCACCAGUACCAGAACCUUCUACAUCCAGACAGACACCCCAGAAGACAUGAAGGGCUGGAUCAAGGAUAUCUCCUCAAAAAUUCAAGACUUCAGAGGACCGUCUAAGUUGCGCUGUUCCGGAAAAGUCUUUUCUGUGCAAAGGAAACCUCAGCUUGUGAAGUCCUGCUCCACUGUAGAUUCGUGGCAGCCCUGGACCCCGGUGCCCAACCAGGAGAAGCAUUUGAAGGAAGAGGGUCAGAGAGAAGGGCCGUACAGCUCUCUUCCCUCACUCUCACACAUGAGCCACAUCUUUCAGUCAUCGACUCGACAAACUCGACAACGACACCAUUCCCAGCCUCAGCUCGCUCCCAGCGACACAGACUUUCCUGACAGUCUUGACCAUCUCCGCUCCACUGAUGUUUAGUUUGCUUUAAUGGAUACUGCUGGCCAGCACAUGGAUAGUGUUAUGAUUUUAGCUUUUUGAUUGUUGCUUUUCUUGUUUAGUGGAGUGCACACAAGAGCUUCAGUCAUUGCAAUGCUGCUCACUCACUCUAAAGGAAUAGUUCCUAAUUAGUACCCAAAACUUCUGUCAUUAUUUACUCAAUCACCUAUCAAACUCCAACAAGCAAUGUAUGGCAAGAAUUGUGUACCGAUUCUUCAAGCAGUUGUACUUUUGUCUUUCUACAGAAAAAAAAAAACAAUACUUUUGGAACAAUAACAUACAAACAAAAAAAAAUAUGUAGAAGAGAACUGUAAUUUUGGCUGAACUAUUCCUUUACAAGAAUGUGUCUUUUUAUGUAUGAAGGAAUGUAAAAUGAGGAAGGAUGAUUUGGUGAAAAGACAUUUCAUGUGUUGUAUUGCCUUAGUUAAUUUCCCGUGACAUAAAGUGGGGUCUAAAAGUCUGAGACAACUUGUGAAAUGCUUUUUAUAUCAUAUAAUAUGUGUAUAAUUAUAUUUUCAGCACAACAAAAUAUGAGUGAAUAGUUAUAAAACUAAUAAGAUUCUUAGUAUUUGGUAGAUCUAUCUUUUGCUUUAAUGACAAACAUGUUAUACAGCAUGAUUUAAAAAUGUCAUUUAAAGAGCAUCUUGUGCACUGCAAUUAAUAUUUUGCUUUGUUUUACAUCGUAACUUUUUUUUAUUUUAUUUUUAAUGUGAGAUAUUUAAAUUUCAAGAUUUAAAAAACCUAAAUUUUCAAUGUGGUCUCAGACUUUUGGACCCACUUGUACACUUGAAAAUAUUGUUGGUACGUGUAGUAGACUUCAGUCAAGGCAUGUAGACUUAUUUUGAAGACAUUUUGUUCAAUAUCACUAAUGAAGGCGCUUGAAUGAUUAGGUAAACUUUGACUAGACAUUUUCAUGACUGAAAACAUUUUAAUAGCCUCUUGAUUGCUUUGAAAUGCCUGAAAAUGUUAAUAGACAUUUCUUUUGUUGCUGUGAAUGGUACUACAAGUAGGUAAUGUUCCUGUUGCUUUUUUACAUAUAUAUAUAUGCGUCAUUGUUAGAUAUGCAUCAUCGCUUUGCACAUGAAAUAAACCAGUCCUUGAAAAAGAAAAA